GGCAGCGCGCUAGCGCGGCGGUGGGAGGCGGCGAGGAGCCGGUGGAGGCCCAGGGCUGGCCGCUACACGAUGUGGCACGAGGCUCGCAAGCAUGAGCGGAAGCUGAGGGGUAUGAUGGUGGACUACAAGAAGCGGGCAGAGCGACGGCGGGAGUACUAUGAGAAGAUUAAGAAGGACCCGGCGCAGUUCCUGCAGCUGCACGGGCGUGCGUGCAAGGUGCACCUGGAUUCGGCUGUGGCGCUGGCGGCUGAGAGCCCUGUCAACAUGAUGCCCUGGCAGGGCGACACCAACAACAUGAUCGACCGCUUCGACGUCCGCGCCCACCUGGAUCACAUCCCCGACUACACGCCUCCGCUGCUCACCACAGUCUCUCCAGAGCAGGAAUCAGAUGAACGCAAGUGCAACUACGAGCGCUACCGGGGUCUGGUACAGAAUGACUUUGCCGGAAUCUCAGAAGAGCAGUGCCUGUACCAGAUCUACAUUGAUGAGCUCUACGGGGGUCUCCAGAGGCCCAGUGAGGAGGAGAAGAAGAAGCUGGCGGAGAAGAAAGCGUCCAUUGGCUACACUUACGAGGACAGCACCGUGGCCGAGGUCGAGAAGGCGGCUGAGAAGCCGGAGGAGGAGGAGUCUCCAGCUGAGGACGAGAGCAACUCGGAUGAAGAUGAGGUCAUCCCCGACAUCGACGUGGAGGUGGAUGUGGAUGAGCUGAGCCAGGAGCAGGUGGCCGAUCUCAACAAGCAGGCCACCACCUAUGGCAUGGCCGACGGCGACUUUGUCAGGAUGCUGCGGAAGGACAAGGAGGAGGCUGAGGCCAUCAAGCACGCCAAGGCCCUGGAGGAAGAGAAGGCCAUGUACUCGGGCCGUCGCUCCCGGCGCCAGCGGAGGGAGUUCCGCGAGAAGAGGCUGCGUGGCCGCAAGAUCAGCCCGCCCAGCUAUGCUCGCCGAGACAGCCCCACUUAUGACCCCUACAAGAGGUCCCCCUCAGAGUCCACGUCCGAGUCCCGCUCUCGCUCGCGCUCACCCUCCCCGGGCCGAGAGGAGAAGAUCACCUUCAUCACCAGCUUUGGGGGCAGUGACGAGGAGGCGGCCGCCGCCGCUGCAGCUGCCGCCGCGUCGGGGGCUGCCACAGGGAAGCCCCCCGCAGCCCCCCAGCCCGGCGGCCCCACCCCGGGACGUAAUGCCAGCUCCCGCCGCCGCUCCUCAUCCUCGUCCUCCGCCUCCUCGUCCUCUGCCUCCCGGACCUCCAGCUCCCGCUCCAGCUCUCGCUCCAGCUCCCGUUCCCGCCGUGGCUACUACCGGUCAGGCCGGGGCCGCUCGCGCUCUCGCUCAUGGUCCCGUUCCCGGUCCCGUUCCCGCCGCUACUCACGCUCCCGCAGCCGUGGCCGGCGGCCUUCGGGCUGCGGCUCCCGGGACGGACACCGCUACUCGCGUUCCCCAGCCCGGCGCGGGGCCUACGGACCCCGGCGCAGAAGUAGGAGCCGCUCUCGCUCCGGGGACCGGUACCGGCGGGGAGGUCGUGGGCCCCGACCGCACAGCAGCAGCCAGAGCCGCAGCAGCUGGUCCCUGAGCCCGUCCCGCAGCCGCAGCCCCUCCCGCAGCGGCAGCCACAGCCAGAGCCGUAGCCCGUCCCGCAGCCGCAGCCCAUCCCGCAGCCACAGUGCCUCCCGAAGCCCCUCGCCGACGCCCCCCAGGGAAAAGCUGACCAGGCCGGCAGCGUCCCCCGCCGUGGGCGAGAAGCUGAAAAAGAGUGACCCUGCCGCUGGUAAAGAGACAGGAGCUGCCAAACCCAAGCUGACGCCUCAGGAGAAGCUGAAGCUGAGGAUGCAGAAGGCGCUCAACAGGCAGUUCAAGGCGGAUAAGAAGGCGGCUCAGGAGAAGAUGAUCCAGCAGGAGCAUGAGCGCCAGGAACGGGAAGACGAGCUCCGAGCCAUGGCCCGCAAGAUCCGCAUGAAGGAGCGGGAGCGGCGCGAGAAGGAGCGUGAGGAAUGGGAGCGUCAGUACAGCCGCCAGAGCCGCUCCCCGUCCCCCCGCUACAGUCGGGAGUACAGUUCUUCCCGAAGGCGUUCGAGGUCGCGCUCCCGAAGCCCCCACUACCGACACUGAACAUUGGGGGGAGGGUGUGUGCUGAAGAGGGUGGGAGCUGGGCAACUGCCUUCAGGCUGCUGGUUUUCCAGUGAAAAAUAAAGAUUAUUUAAUUC